AACACACUAAAUACAAAGCCAUCUACAGAAGAAGAAGAAGAAGAAGAAGAAGAAGAAGAGAGAGAGAGAGAGAAAGGGAGAGAUGAGCUUUUCGUCGACGGCGGGAUAUCUGGCUCGGCGAGCCGCCCAGAAGGAAAGGGUUCGGAUCCUUUACCGGCGAGCUCUCAAAGACACUCUCAAUUGGGCCGUCCAUCGCCAUCUCUUUUACCGAGAUGCGUCGGACCUCCGGGAGAGAUUCGAGGCUCACAAACACGUGGAAGAUCUCGACACAAUAGACAGGCUGAUAGCUGAUGGGGAAGCUUCCUAUAAUAAGUGGCGACAUCCUGAUCCCUAUAUUGUUCCUUGGGCUCCCGGUGGUUCUAAGUUUACGCGAAACCCAACUCCACCUGAAGGGAUCGAGAUCAUAUAUGGCUAUGGGCGGGAAGAUCACUGAAAUCUUCAUUAUCAUGGUAAUUAAUAAAGGUCGAAAUGGUUCGUGGCCUCGUCAGAGCUGAUGAUGAAAAAAAAGGAGCUCUUUGAUGUGUGAACUUGAAUGAACACAGAUUAUAGUCAUUCCUUGUUGAUUUGCUUUCUAGUUUUUGCCCAGAUGUGCAAAUUUGACAUAGAAAAAAUCACCGUUAGAACGGGGUGUGAUGCUACAACUUUUGGUUAAUUUAAGUGUUCAUCCUUUGCAUGUACCUAUCUUUCUGUGAAUGCGGCUAAUUUUUAUUUUUACUUUUGGUGGGAACUUUGGCUAAGGAAGUCUCCAGGAUGAGCAGUUUGCCUGAUUGCUUGUAAUUGCAUCAGAUGUUGAAACUGUGAGGAUGAAUAACAUGAAUUUUUAAACAA